CGUAAGAUCCGGCCUGGGGGAAAGGGAUGAAUGUUAAUUUCAAAGAUGGCGGCGGAGGGAGGAGGGAAGGAGAUGAACGAAAUUAAAACUCAGUUCACCACCCGGGAAGGCGUCUACAAACUCCUCACUCACUCCGAAUAUAGCCGCCCCAACAGGGUGCCUUUCAACUCGCAGGGCUCCAACCCGGUCAAGGUCUCCUUCGUGAACGUCAACGACCAGUCGGGUAACGGCGACAGGAUCUGUUUCAAUGUGGGCCGUGAGCUCUACUUCUACAUCUACAAAGGCGUCAGAAAGGCGGCCGACUUGAGCAAACCUAUAGACAAGCGCAUUUACAAAGGGACGCAGCCCACAUGCCACGACUUCAACCACCUGACGGCGACGGCGGAGAGCGUGUCGCUGCUGGUGGGCUUCUCUGCUGGGCAGGUGCAGCUCAUCGACCCUAUCAAGAAGGAGACGAGCAAACUCUUCAACGAGGAGAGGCUGAUCGAUAAGUCCAGAGUGACGUGCGUGAAAUGGGUCCCGGGCUCUGAGAGCCUCUUCCUGGUGUCCCACGCCAGCGGCAGCAUGUACCUGUACAACGUGGAGCACACCUGCGGCACCGCGGCGCCGCACUACCAGCUGCUGAAGCAGGGCGAGAACUACUCGGUGCACACCUGCAAGAGCAAGUCCACCAGGAACCCGCUGCUGAAGUGGAGCGUCGGCGAGGGCGCGCUCAACGAGUUCGCCUUCUCGCCCGACGGCAAGUUCCUGGCGUGCGUGAGCCAGGACGGCUUCCUGCGCGUCUUCAACUUCGACGCCGUGGAGCUGCACGGCACCAUGAAGAGCUACUUCGGCGGCCUGCUGUGCGUGUGCUGGAGCCCCGACGGCAAGUACAUCGUGGCGGGCGGCGAGGACGACCUGGUGACGGUGUGGUCCUUCCUGGACUGCCGGGUCAUCGCCCGCGGCCACGGCCACAAGUCCUGGGUGAGCGUGGUGGCGUUCGACCACUACACCACCAGCGUGGAGGAGAGCGACCCCAUGGAGUUCAGCGGCAGCGACGAGGACUUCCAGGACCAGAUGAUCCAUUUGGGCCGGGACCGGGCCAACAGCACGCAGUCCCGCCUCUCCAAGCGCAACUCCACGGACAGCCGGCCCGUCAGCGUCACGUACCGCUUCGGCUCGGUGGGCCAGGACACCCAGCUGUGCCUGUGGGACCUCACCGAGGACAUCCUCUUCCCCCACCUGCCUCUGUCUCGGACUCGGACUCACACCAACGUGAUGAACGCCGGCGGCCCCCCCGCCGCCGCCGCCACGGGCGCCACCAUCCUCGCCAACGCCACCAACGGCAACAACAGCGCCGCCAACACUCCCGCCGUCAACUCGCUGUCCGCCGCCACGCUGCCGCGCUCCAACAGCCUGCCGCACUCCGCCGCCGCCGCCAACAGCGCCAACCGCACCGGCGCCGGCGGCAUCAUGGACAGCGCCAUCGCCACGGGCGUCAGUAAGUUCGCCACGCUGUCGCUGCACGACCGCAAGGAGCGGCACCACGAGAAGGACCACAAGCGCAACCACAGCAUGGGCCACAUCAGCAGCAAGAGCAGCGACAAGCUCAACCUGCUGAGCAGAACCAAAACGGACCCGGCCAAGACGCUGGGCACGCUGCUGUGCCCGCGCAUGGAGGACGUGCCGCUCCUGGAGCCGCUCAUCUGUAAGAAAAUAGCACACGAGCGGCUGACUGUACUCAUAUUUUUAGAGGACUGUUUAGUGACUGCUUGUCAGGAGGGAUUUAUUUGCACGUGGGCGCGGCCGGGCAAAGUGGGCGUAUUGUCAUCUCCCAGUGGGACAGUAGUGUAGCCAGAGUAUUUCUGCUGCUAGAGUCCCCCGCCUGCUGGCUCUCUGCCGGCCGUUAGAGGAGCGGCGAGCGAUUCCUGCUGCUUCCGCGCUCACGUUGCGCCUCAGCUCUGGAGUUUAACACAUCUUAGAGCCUCUGUGUCUCUCCUCCUCCUCCUCCUCUUCCUCCUCCGACUGUUACUCUGUGGGAGCUCGGCUCCGUUAAUGCGGCCGGCAUAAAAACGCUCAUGCUCCGUUUCACCCAGACUCGCUACGCCUCAAUAAGAACUCCAACCUGACGUCCAUCCAUGCUGAACCACUACUUGUCUUUAGUGACUAGAACCUCCUGGUUUUUGACUUUGCACUGAUUUAUUUUAUGUCUGUCAGCGGUUUAGUUGUUGUUUUCUGCUCCAGGCAGGACGCUGCAAUCAUUGUCUUUUUUUUUUUUUUUUCCAAGGAAGAAAAAAUGUUUGCACUUAAAUUAGUUUAUUAGAAGAAAAUGGCUUUACAUUUUUUUUUUUUUUUUUUGGGGGUGUGCUAAGAACUUACAACUGGCUAAUACAGUAGGUAAAGAAAAUGCUAAAAGAGAAACUAUUAAAACCUUUAUCUAUUGAGCAUUUAUUUUAAUAUUAUUUCAGAUUCAAAUCUGCUCUGUAUCAUAAUGUGUAUAAUGUAAUUAAUUGAUUUGAUUGGGGCCUACGCAGACUACCAUUACAGUUUUGUCAUUGAUAGUUAUAUUUCUAAAGCCUAAAGUAUACAUAUUAAAAUAAUCUUGAAUACA